CCUAGAUACAACUUCCGGGUUUUGUUAGCACGCUAGUGAUAAACAAACCGAAAUGUGCGAAUCACUAAGCAGCCCUUGGACUUUAUGACCGACAGCUCAGGGUUGUAUGAAGGGGGAAAUACGAGUCGCACAGGAGGGGGACAUGCUGGUAGUUAAACGAACGCUGACGCCAUGUUAAGAAUUUUCCAGUCGCCUCCAAGGCUGAGGACAGCUCUGAGACACCUGUCCAGGGCACGCCCCCCAGCUGCUGACCCCCAGCCCUGGUUUCUCACAAAUCGUGGGGCCCUCUCUCGUCAGCUUCACGUCGGAGCAGAUGGAUCCAGGUCGUCCCCUACUGCUGCUGCUGCUGCUGCUCCACAGAGGCUGCCUUUCUCCAGGGUGACUGUGGAGGAUUUGGCCUUCUUCAGGAAGACGUUGCCAGGCAGGACCAUCACCGACCCCGACCUGGUGCAGUCCAGUAAUGAGGACUGGCUGAAGUCUGUCAGAGGUUCCAGCGAAGUGUUGCUGAGACCUCAGACCACACAGGAAGUGUCACAAAUUCUCAGUUACUGCAACAGCCGCAACCUGGCAGUGAACCCUCAAGGAGGCAAUACCGGUCUAGUUGGUGGCAGCGUGCCGGUUCAUGAUGAGAUCAUCCUCUCCACCUCUCUCAUGAACAACAUACUUUCCUUUGAUAACAUCUCCGGUAUUCUUACCUGUCAGGCAGGUUGCGUGUUGGAGAACUUGACCCUCUACCUGGAGGAGAGGGAACACAUCAUGCCGCUGGACCUCGGAGCAAAGGGCAGCUGCCAGGUUGGAGGCAAUGUGGCGACCAACGCAGGGGGUCUGCGGCUGCUCCGCUACGGUUCCCUACACGGAACUGUGCUGGGCCUUGAAGUUGUGCUGGCAGACGGACAGGUGCUGGACUGCUUGUCCACGCUGCGCAAGGACAACACGGGAUACGACCUCAAACAGCUGUUCAUUGGUUCGGAGGGCACUCUGGGGGUCAUCACUGCAGUCUCCAUCCUUUGUCCUCGAAAGCCAAAAUCCGUUAACGUCGUUUUCCUGGGCUGCGAAACCUUUGACCAGCUGCUGAAAACCUUCCAGCUCUGCAAAGGCAUGCUGGGAGAAAUUCUGUCAGCCUUCGAGUUCCUGGACAGUGAAUGCAUGAGGCUGCUGAACACACACCUGAAACUGCCCAAUCCUAUCUCUGACUGCCCGUUCUACAUUGUGAUCGAAACAUCUGGAUCAGACUCCAACCACGACUCCCAGAAGCUCCACAACUUCCUAGAGGAAGCAAUGACGUCGUUAUUAGUUACCGACGGCACUGUAGCAACCGAGGUCUCAAAAGUAAAGGCCCUGUGGUCAAUGCGUGAACGCGUCACAGAGGCGCUGACUCACGACGGCUUCACCUACAAGUACGACGUCUCCCUUCCGGUGGAGCGCAUCUACCAGCUGGUGACAGACAUGAGGCGGCAUCUGGGGAAGCGGGCCAGGAGCGUGGUGGGAUACGGUCACGUAGGUGACGGCAACCUCCACCUUAAUAUCACCUCCGCUGCUAAGGACCCCGCCCUGCUGGCUUCCAUCGAGCCGUUCGUCUACGAGUGGACGGCCAGGUUUCACGGCAGCAUCAGCGCAGAACACGGACUGGGCCUUAAAAAGAGGAAUUACAUCUACUACAGUAAAUCCAGGCCAGCCGUGGCUCUCAUGGGGAACAUCAAGAACAUGCUGGACCCCAAAGGCAUCCUCAACCCGUAUAAGACUUUACCAGACGAUCUAAGGAGAACCUAAAGAGGAAUCCUCCCAAGUGAUAACUGCAACAUGAUUUGUCUGGGUGUACUCAGCUACGUAUUCAUAGUCCAGAGCUGCAUCCAUAGCACUACAGAUAAUCUUUACACAAACGAGAUGUUCUUUGUGAAGUUUUAGUUUAAAAAUCACUUUCUCUACUUGUUGUCUCCUUCUUUGGAUCCAGAAUCAAUCAUCGUAUUAAAAAGCUCCGGGUAGACGUCUCAGUAUGGCUCAGAAAGACCAAGUUAAUUACCUCGAUGCAUCAUCAGCUUAACUGUAUGGGUUCCACUAGAGGGCCGUCAGUAUACACCAGAGUAGGAAGAUCAACGCUAAUGUUGUAAAGGGGGGGGGGGGUGUAUCUGCUUCAUGCCAGAGGAGAUGCAUAAGAUGACUUCAGAUUUAAAGCUGGGAAUAAUGAACUCAAAAGGCAAACACGGGUGAACAAAGUUUAUAGACACUGAACAUGUAACAAACAUCAGCCAAUCGUUAGGCAAAGAGUGCAGUAAAUGUUUUAUUACAUAUAAAAAA